AUAAAAAAAUAAAUCUAAAAAAUGGCCACACAAAAACCCGGAGAAUGGGCCAAUUCAUUAUUGGCCCGUUUCGAAGAUCAGCUUCCCAACAAAACAAAUGGUCCACAUGGUACACAGGCUCGUAUGAGCCAGGACCAGCUUGUGAAUUGUUUAAUUCACAUAUCACGGUAUCGCUUCUCCCUGGUGAUAUCGGGGCUAACGAAAAUGUUACAACGAGUUAAUGAAGCCGCCAUGCAAAAUCGCCAUGAAACCGAUCGUUGUUAUUUUGAAUCUCUUAUUAUUAUCCUAACUACCCUCGAAAGAUGUCUAACGAAUCAGACGAAGGAUACAGCCCGUUUCGAAGAGGCUAUGAAUGUAAAAUUGUUAUUGCGUGAAAUUACCCAAUUUAUCGAUGUCCAAAGUGAUAGUAAUCCGAAUGCCGCCCAGUUGAAAAUUUUAGCUUCCAAAGUUUUAUUUGCCCUAUCGCAAAAUCAUUUCUCAGCUGUAUUUAAUCGUAUAUCGGCUCGUAUACAGGAGUUGGCUGCAUGCUCUGAUGAAAAUCCUGAUUAUUCAGAUAUUGAAUUAAUUCAACACAUUGAUAUGGAUAUGACGAAGUUGACGAAAUUGCUGCAGGAGACUAUAACGAAAUUUCGAUCAAAGCGGGCGCCACCGUUGAUUUUGUUAAAUUCUAUUGAGAAGGCCAUAUGGAAUUGGAUAGAAUAUCAUCCACAGGAAUUUCAGGAUUUACAGAGGGGCAUGAAUCGGGAUAUAUCAACUUGCUGGGAACCAUUACUGGAUUUUGUUGAGGCCUAUAAGGCAGAAAAUAAAAAGAGUAAAACCACAGUUUGGCCCUUGCAAAUGUUGCUCCUCAUCUUAAAUCCGGCCUGUCUGGAAGCCACCGUCAAUGAAUUGCAGCAAUGCGAAAAGGAAAAAGACAAAAUGGCCUCCAAGGCCCAAUCGCGUGACAAAGAUUUCUCGGCCAAACAAUUUAUUGAAAGUGUCAAACGUGGCCUGGGGCCACAUUCACCCUCUAAAUUGGUAACCGAAUCUGCGGCCAUAGCCUGUGUAAAAUUGUGUAAAGCUGCCACAUAUGUGAAUAUCAACGAUUCAAACAACGUCAUUUUCAAAUUGGUGCAAUACAUUAUCAACGACAUUAAAGCUUUACUUUUUAAUCCCGUUAAGCCCUUCUCUCGCGGGCAGGGUUAUAAUUUUGCCGACAUUGAGUUAAUGAUUGAUUGUUGGGUUUCCUGUUUUCGCAUAAAUCCCCAUAACAUCGAGGCCCUUAAGGUCUGUUUGAAUUUAAAUUCACCACAGGCCUAUCACUUUGUUAUUGUUUGUUCGUUGUUAAGGUUGGCCCACAUCUAUGUUGAUUUUAGAUUACAAAACAAGAAUCCUUUUCGUGUGGUAAAUCAACCACGCUUACCAUGGUGGCCCCAAACGGAUGUGGUCCAUUAUCGUUCCGCAGAAAUGAGAGCAUUAUUUACCGACACCUUAAAUAAAGCCACCCAGGGUUAUAUAGCCCAUACCCCAUUGAGAAUGAUUACCUCUUUGACUUUGAAAACCAAAGACACCCAAAAGGGUUUGGCCAAAUCUGAAGAGGGCCCAGCCCAUAAAAUGUUAUUGUUGUUGUUAGUACGUUUAAUACAUGCCGAUCCCACCUUAUUGUUAAAUACCCAGGGCAAAGUAGCACAUGAAGUACAAAGUUCAACCCUUGAACUCAUUAAUGGUCUUGUUAGUUUGGUUCAUCAACCGUCCAUGCCAGAUGUGGCCCAAGAGGCCAUGGAGGCCCUGUUGGCCUUACAUGCUCCCGAAAAAAUCGAAGUUUGGAAUCCCGAAGCACCUAUUAAUACAUUUUGGGAUGUUAGUUCCCAGGUGUUGUUUUCAAUAUCCCAGAAAUUAAUACAACAUCAAAUAGCCAAUUAUACCGAUGUCCUCAAAUGGCUACGUGAGAUUUUAAUUUGUCGUAAUACCUUCUUACAAAGGCAUAAGGAUUAUGCCCAUGUCGGUAGCCAAAUAGCGAUAUGUAAACAGGCCCAUAUCAAAUUGGAGGUGGUAUUUUUUAUGUAUCUCUGGUCAGUGGAUCUGGAUGCAGUGCUGACUUCGCUGUCUUGUUUUGGUUUGCUGUGUGAAGAGGCAGAAAUAUGCUGCGGAUCGGAUGAGUUGACGGUUUCCAUGCUGGUUCCGAAUUAUAUGAUCUAUCAGGAGCUGGCACAAUUGUCAUCUGCCGCCACGGACUCUCGGAUUUGUUUCUAUGACAACAGUCAUGGUAACGUCCUGAAUCGCCUACACUUGCAGAAGAGGAUCAUGCAGCUUCUAAGGAAGAUUGAGCACUGUGUCCAUGGUGUACAGCCCGCUUGGGAGGAAACUUUUAGAAAUUGGGAAAUCAUGAGUAAAAUGUUACAAACCUAUCCCAAGUGUAAAACCGAAGAUGGCCAAGCUGAACUAUUUCAUCGUGGUGUUGGAAAACGUCGUGCCAGCCACCAAAGUUCUGAACAUGAUAUAGAAGAACAAAUCACCGAAUGGGCAAAUAUGACAUGGUUCCUAUUGGCAUUGGGUGGUGUGUGCUUAAUAAAACGUCGUCAACAAGUUGUGGCGGCACAAGCCUCGCAGCAAUCGCUCGCCCAUCAGGCACCCUUUCAUCCCUAUUCACAAAGUUUCGGGUCAUUUCCACAGAAUAUUCCACCUCAGGUUCAUAUACAACAGGGAGGUUCGAUAAGUUCGUUGGCACAAAAUUCAUUGCAUUCCCUAUCGAGUUCAUCGAGUUCGGGUAGGGGUUCGCUGAAUCCAAAUUGCAUAUCUUUGGCUGGUGUGCCACAAGGACCGCAACAAGAAGUUCAGUAUUGUCCGGUAACACAAUUCAUUGGCCAAUUGCUGAGAUUAUUGGUCUGCAGCAAUGAAAAAAUCGGUUUGAAUAUUCAAAAGAAUGUCAAGGAACUGGUUGGCGAAGAAAUGUCCACCUAUCUCUAUCCCAUAUUGUUUGAUCAAAUUCGUUCAAUUGUUGAGAAAUUUUUUGAUCAACAUGGUCAGGUUAAUGUGACCGAUAUCAAUACCCAAUUUAUCGAACACAUCAUUUAUAUUAUGAAAUCGAUUUUGGAUCCCAAGCCCAGUAAAGAUCCCAAUAAUGAACAACCAUCAACAUCGGAAAAUUUGGGUGUAACCAGUAUAGAAGGUAUGAUGUUGGGUAUUGUGCGUUAUGUACGCCACCUCGAUAUGACCGUGUAUGCGAUACGCAUUAAAACCAAACUAUGCCAAUUGGUUGAGGUUAUGAUGAAGCGACGCGACGAUUUGGCAUUUAGACAGGAAAUGAAAUUUCGUAAUAAAUUGGUGGAAUAUCUUUCGGAUUGGGUUAUGGGUACAUCGCAUCAAAUUGCACCGCCUAGCUCUACAGAUCCUUCAAUGAUAACCAACACCUCCUUGAUUUUCCGUGACCUGGAUCAAGCCUGCAUGGAAGCUGUGGCGGCUUUGCUUAGAGGUUUGCCCUUACAACCUGAGGAGUCGGAUCGUGGCGAUUUGAUGGAUGCCAAAAGUGCAUUGUUUCUCAAAUAUUUUACUUUAUUUAUGAAUCUCCUUAACGACUGCAUCGACAGUUCCGAGGCUGAAAAGGAACUUAAUAAUCCCCCACUAUUACCACCUCGCCCCCGUUUAGCUGCUGGCAAGCUAACGGCUUUACGUAAUGCCACCAUUCAGGCCAUGUCGAACUUGUUGGGAGCAAAUAUCGAUUCAGGCCUUAUGCACUCCAUUGAUCUGGGCUAUAAUCCUGAUUUACAAACUCGAGCCGCUUUCAUGGAAGUUCUAACACAAAUUUUACAGCAGGGUACAGAAUUUGAUACCUUGGCUGAGACCGUCUUGGCAGAUCGUUUUGAACAAUUGGUGCAGUUGGUUACGAUGAUUAGUGAUAAGGGUGAGCUGCCCAUAGCCAUGGCCUUGGCUAAUGUUGUGACAACAUCUCAAAUGGAUGAAUUGGCAAGGGUGCUGGUAACCCUAUUUGAUGCUAAGCAUUUACUUUCUCCUCUCCUCUGGAAUAUGUUUUAUCGUGAGGUGGAGGUAUCGGACUGCAUGCAGACCCUAUUCCGUGGCAACUCCUUGGGUAGUAAAAUAAUGGCAUUUUGUUUUAAAAUCUAUGGUUCGGCCUAUUUACAACUGCUGUUGGAGCCGUUGAUACGGCCACUUCUGGAUAAUCCCACUACCUCGUUUGAAGUUGAUCCAGCAAGACUUGAUCCUGGAGAUGAUUUAGAUGUGAAUCGCCGCAAUCUAAUUGCCCUUACCAAAAGGGUCUUCGAUGCCAUUACAAAUUCAGCUGAUCGUUUUCCUCCCCAGCUGAGGUCAAUGUGCCAUUGUCUAUAUCAGGUUCUAAGUAAACGGUUCCCGAAUUUACUGCAGAAUAAUAUUGGAGCUGUGGGUACUGUAAUUUUCCUGAGAUUUAUAAAUCCCGCUAUUGUUUCUCCCCAAGAACUGGGUAUUGUUGGAAAACAGGUCCCAAGUACCGUGAAACGUGGCCUCAUGUUAAUGUCCAAGAUUCUGCAAAAUAUCGCCAAUCAUGUGGAAUUCUCCAAGGAACAACAUAUGUUGUGUUUUAAUGACUUCUUGCGUGAACACUUCGAGGCCGGACGUCGCUUCUUUAUACAAAUUGCCUCCGAUUGUGAAACGGUGGAUCAAACCUCGCAUAGUAUGAGUUUUAUAUCGGAUGCCAAUGUAUUGGCAUUACAUCGUCUGUUAUGGACGCAUCAAGAAAAAAUAGGUGACUACUUAUCAAGUAGUCGAGAUCACAAGGCGGUGGGACGUAGACCUUUUGAUAAAAUGGCCACACUGUUGGCCUAUUUGGGACCACCAGAACACAAGCCAGUUGAUUCGCACAUGAUGUUCUCUUCGUAUCCCCGCUGGAGCUCAAUUGACAUGUCAUCUACCAAUUUUGAAGAAAUCAUGGUGAAACAUCAAAUGCAUGAAAAGGAUGAAUUCAAGGCCUUGAAGGCUAUGAACAUUUUUUAUCAGGCUGGUACCAGUAAAUCGGGUUAUCCUGUUUUCUAUUACAUAGCCAGGAGAUAUAAGAUUGGUGAAACAAAUGGUGAUCUGUUGAUUUAUCAUGUCAUCCUCACCUUGAAACCAUUUUGUCAUUCCACAUUUGAAGUGGUGAUAGAUUUUACCCAUGUUAACUCUGACAAUCGGUUCCGUACCGAGUUUUUGCAAAAAUGGUUUUAUGUAUUGCCGGCGGUGGCCUAUGAAAAUGUGCAUGCCGUGUAUAUUUACAAUUGUAAUUCAUGGGUAAGGGAAUAUACCAAAUUUCAUGAUCGGAUAUUGGCACCAUUGAAGGGCAAUCGCAAAUUAAUGUUUUUGGAUUCGCCGAAUAAAUUGAAUGACUACAUUGAUCCAGAUCAACAAAAAUUGCCCGGAGCCACUUUGUCAUUGGAUGAAGAUCUCAAGGUCUUUAGCAAUGCUUUGAAGUUGAGUCACAAAGAUACCAAGGUGGCGAUAAAAGUUGGUCCUACCGCCUUGCAAAUCACCUCCGCCGAAAAGACCAAGGUAUUGGCCCAUUCCGUUCUGCUUAAUGAUGUCUACUAUGCUUCGGAAAUUGAAGAAGUGUGUCUGGUGGAUGAUAACCAAUUUACCCUGUCCAUUGCCAAUGAAAGUGGUCAAUUAAGUUUCAUACACAACGAUUGCGAUAAUAUUGUCCAGGCCAUUAUACACAUACGUAAUCGCUGGGAGCUGAGUCAACCCGAUUCGGUUACCGUUCAUCAGAAAAUACGACCCAAGGAUGUACCGGGAACGCUGCUUAAUAUGGCAUUACUUAAUUUGGGUUCAGCAGAUCCCAAUUUGCGUACGGCUGCCUAUAAUUUGCUGUGCGCAUUGACAGGAACUUUUGAUUUGAAAAUUGAGGGACAGUUGUUGGAAACCCAGGGUCUCUGCAUUCCCUCCAACAACACCAUUUUCAUCAAGUCCGUCAGUGAGAAACUGGCCACCAAUGAACCCCAUUUGACUUUGGAAUUUCUCGAAGAAUGUAUACAGGGCUUCCAACGCAGUACCAUCGAAUUGAAGCAUUUAUGUUUGGAAUACAUGACGCCAUGGCUGAAGAAUCUGGUGAAGUUCUGUAAAUCCAAUGAUGAUGCCAAAAAGGUGAAAGUCUCACAAAUUCUGGAUAAACUCAUUUGUCUGACCAUUGAACAAAAGGAAAUGUAUCCAUCGGUGCAGGCGAAGAUAUGGGGUUCCAUUGGACAAAUACCCGAAUUGAUAGAUAUGGUGUUGGAUAACUUCUUGCACAAGUCCAUAUUCUAUGGUCUGGGAUCGCCACAAGUGGAAAUAAUGGCCGAUACUGCUGUGGCCUUGGCCUCAGCCAAUGUCCAAUUAGUUUCGAAGAAGGUGAUAACACGCAUGUGCCGUGUGAUGGACAAAACCUGUACAAAUCCUGCUCAGUACCUGGAACAUCAUAUGAUGUGGGAUGAUAUUGCCAUAUUGGGACGCUACUUACUUAUGCUUUCGUUUAACAAUUGUCUCGAUGUGGCCACCCAUUUGCCCUAUCUUUUCCACACGAUUACUUUUCUAGUCUGCUCCGGUUCGCUGUCUAUGCGGGCUUCAACUCAUGGUUUAGUUAUAAAUAUAAUACAUUCAUUGUGUACCUGUACCAAGCCGAUUUUCUCGGAAGAGGCCCAGCGGGUGUUACGCCUAUCUCUGGAUGAAUUCUCGCUACCGAAAUUCUAUUUGCUGUUCGGUAUUAGCAAGGUGAAAUCGGCUGCUGUCACAGCAUUCCGUUCAAGUUGUCGUCAUCCUCCCGAUAAGUGGUUGGGAAAUGAGCGGGUGUCACAGAAUUUGCCACCCGAUCGCGAACGGCUUUCAUUACCGUCCUUAGAAGUCAUCACAGAUGCUUUGCUUGAAAUAAUGGAGUCGUGCAUGCGAGAUGUACCCGAUUGUCAAUGGUUGCAGACGUGGAAUUCAUUGGCUCGUAGCUUCGCAUUCUGUUACAAUCCGGCUCUGCAACCAAGGGCCUUGAUUGUUUUUGGUUGUAUUAGUAAAAGUGUAACAGAUCAGGAGGUGAAACAGUUGCUAAGGAUACUAGUAAAGGCUGUGGAGUCGUUUACAGAUAUUACCCUAAUUGAGGCUAUUGUUAUGUGUUUGACACGUAUCCAACCGUUGCUAAGACCGGAAUCUCCAAUUCACCGAAAUCUUUUUUGGGUUGCCAUUUCUGUUCUACAACUGGAUGAGGGUAAUUUGUAUGGUGCCGGUUUGGCUUUGUUGGAACAAAAUCUACACACCCUUAAGUCCCAGGGAUGUUUUGAUAAUGCCAAUAUAGCCGAGGUAAUGAUGAGUACACGAGAAAAACUGGAAUGGCAUUUUAAACAAUUGGAUCAUGCUGUCGGUCUAUCGUUCCGUAGUAAUUUCCAUUUUGCUUUAGCUGGACAUUUGAUAAAGGGUUUCCGUCAUCCCACUCCGACAACAGUUUCGCGGACUUCACGCAUUUUAACUAUGCUUUUGGGCAUCAUUGCCAAACCCUGUAGACGUGAUAAAUUCGAGGUGACACCCGACAGUGUGGCAUAUUUAACCGCCUUGGUUGCCGUCUCCGAGGAGGUUCGUUCAAGAUGUCAUGUCAAACAUGCUUUGCCACGUUGGCCAGCCGAAAUGCCCACAGAAAAUGGUACGGCUUCUGGCGAACAAACCGGCAGCAGCAUGGCUUUAUCGAGACGUCAAAAAUCAUGGGAUAUCCUAGAUCAAUCGGCAUUGAAUUUUGCCCGCCAUCAUAAAGUACCUGCACCACCGAAUGCGAGAGUUUUAUUCAAAACUCAGCGCUCAUUUUCGGUACCCACCACCAAAGAUCCAAAUAAUGCGAAUGGAAUCGAAGAACGUCAGGAACGUGGUUCACGCACCUCGGUGUCAAAUGAAUCAAAUGUUCUGUUGGAUCCAGAAGUUUUGCCCGAUCUAUCAAUACAGGCAUUGGUAUUGACGGUAUUGGCAACACUGGUCAAAUACACAUCAGAUGAGAAUGAGACACGCGUUCUCUAUCAAUAUCUUGCCGAGGGAUCUGUGGUAUUCCCGAAAGUUUUUCCAGUCAUCCACUCAUUAUUGGACCAAAAAAUCAACAACAUUCUGUCGGUAUCCCACGAUCAGGUUGUCUUGAAUUCAGUACAAAGUAUCAUCCAAAAUAUGUUGGCCAGUGAAGAUCCCUCGCAGCAGCAAUUGCAUUUCCUGCAAAGUUGUGGUUUUGGUGGUUUGUGGCGUUUUGCGGGGCCCUUUACCAAAUACAAUGUUAUGGGUGAAUCCUCGGAGUUGUUUGUGAAUUGUCUGGAGGCCAUGGUGGAGACAUGUCUGCCGGGAGAUGAACAACAAGCGCCCAUGGUUCCUUUGGUGCGACCCUAUAAUCUCAGUUCCAGUCUCAGCAGUCUUACUUUAGGGUCACCAACGGAUAAAGCUUUCUCAUCGGAAUCAUUAGAUCAUGAAUUUGGCGGCAGUGUAAGCUCUCUCCGCCGUGCAUCACACAGCAAAGCACGCGCCAAGCACCGUCUCACCGAAAGUCCAUCACAUAACAAUUAACAAAGAAUCUGGAUGAUAGAGACACAAGCUCCACUAAUUUUUAUCCGUGUUAAGAAUUUCAAACGACUAACGAUCAUUCACA